AUGGAAGAAGAUGGGAUUUCGCCAAAGAACGGGUCUUCUCAUCUAGGAACAGGGAAGGGCCUCUAUCCCGUGUGGGUGGUGACCCUCCUUGCUGUGGUGCUCAUCAUCACCAUUGCUGUGGACAUCUUUGGGAACCUUCUGGUGAUCCUGUCCGUCUACAAGAACAAGAAGCUGAGGAAAGCAGGGAAUGCCUUUGUGGUCAGCCUGGCGGUUGCAGACUUGUUGGCGGCUUUAUACCCCUACCCGCUCGCCCUGAUAGCCAUUUACCAUGGCGAGUGGGCCAUGGGCUACCUCCACUGCCAGGUCAGUGGCUUUCUAAUGGGCAUGAGCGUCAUGAGCUCCAUCUUCAACAUUGCGGGCAUCGCCAUUAACCGCUACUGCUACAUUUGCCACAGCCUAAAGUAUGACAGGCUUUUCUCUCUCCAGAACACUCUUUAUUAUGUGGGGCUCGUUUGGGCCCUUACCUUGCUGUCAAUCAUGCCAAACUUCUUUGUGGACUCCCUGAAGUACGAUCCGCGGGUGUAUUCUUGCACUUUUGCCCAAUCUGUCAGUCCCUUUUACACUAUCGUCGUGGUGGUGGUCCAUUUCUUCCUGCCCAUCACCAUUGUCAGCUACUGUUACCUGAGGAUCUGGAUACUGGUGUUCCAGGUCCGGCGGCGAGUCAAGCCAGACAUCCAACCCAAAAUAAAGCCCCAUGACUUCUGGAACUUCCUGACCAUGUUUAUGGUAUUUGUACUGUUUGCUAUCUGUUGGGCACCACUAAACUUCAUUGGCUUCAUGGUGGCCCUGAAACCAACGUUGGACAUCCCAGAAUGGCUUUUUACCACCAGCUACUUCAUGGCCUACUUUAACAGCUGCUUGAAUGCUGUGGUUUAUGGAGCACUGAAUCAAAAUUUCAGAAAGGAGUACAAGAGAAUCCUUUUCAGUCUGUGCCAGCUAGUUUGCCAAGCAGACUAAGAGAAAUCCACUGGAUCCAAAUGGGAUGAAAACCUUGGAUUUGAUGACACAGAGCUGGAUAAAUUGUACCAGAGUACUUUUAUAAACUGCAUGAAGCGAACUG